AUGGAUGUGACUGACGGCAAAGCGAGAAAACGGUCCAAUCAACAUACCGCCACUUCGCAUUGCCCGCAGUGUGGUGUAGGCCGCAACGAAUUCCACAAAUCCAACAGACCAGGUCAAGGCCUAUUCUCUAAACACUGCAGUCUUUGCCUAGGCAAUGACCUAACCGGCAAACCUCGACAUUUUGGGGAGUGCCUCAUUUGCCAUAAAGACGUCUCUCAAAGUUCAUCCGAGGCAGUGUAUAAACACUAUCAAGAGAAGCACAACCAACUUCUCACUCAAGAUCGGACCAUUCACCACCUCCACCGCGAAGUAUGUCCUGAAGACUAUCCCGACCUAGACUUCAAUCAGCAUUACGGCCUACUGCUCACGCGUCAAAAUUGCUUUCGAGAUAAGAUCAAUAAGCCACUCACGGAGUAUUGGCGCACGUUCGUUGGGACUCCAACCCUGAUCUAUAACGAGCUGCGCGACAUUCGCGACCAUUACCGCGAGGCCUUCUCCAACUUCUUUGGCGCAGACCCCAUCACUUUGCACGGCCAUGUCAGUGACGCAGCCAAUCCUCUUCUCAUAACAAGCCUGAUCCAACAUCUGAAGAACAACAUCUCUCCGGAAGACUCGGAGAAGUCGGCGUAUGACGCUUUCAAGCUCAGAAAGGAACAAACCCGGAGUCCCAACCUUGCAAUCAUGGAAGGUUCCUAUGGCACGGGCUUUGGGCCGUUGGCAUACAAUGCGCCAUGCCCCUGGUCAUCCACUGUAGCGUGUGGCACAAAGCCAGUUGUGGUUCGUAUGGGCUCCGGAGAGAUCGACCAGCAGGUCAAACGCGCCAAAGCCAAGCACUGUGUUGCAUUGCUUGUCGAAAUUGUUCGAGCAAGGGACGGGUGCGUCAUGACCGCAGAGCAAUGGGAGAUGACCGUGCAAGCGUGUCGGAAGCAUCGUAUGAUCCUUAUAGUCGAUGAGGCUAUGACCGCCAUCAGAUGCGGUGCCCCGUUUGCGCAUCAAUUACCCGAAUACGAACGACACGGACGCCCAGACUUCAUAUUAUUUGGCAAAGGCAUUCGCACGAACGGCAUUGCGAUUGAUUGGAAAGGCGUCAACGUCGGCAUAUUGAGAAAAAUCACUGCGGAAGAGCAAGUCGACGUGGUAGUCAUGUGGCAGAAGCGUUUUACAGAAAUAGCGCCUCCGGAAAUCCUACUUCAAUCUUGGGGUAUCAUUGCUUUGGCGCAACAGCAAGACUGGCCUCAACGUUCGAUUCGUAUCGGCCAAACGUUACGCACAAUCCUCAUGAGCUUUGGCUUAAAAGCGACAUCGAUCUGGGGACUUCACAGCCUUAUCUGGUUACGUCGUGGCGAAAGUGCUGUAGAUGAUUCAGCGGUGAUGUCCGCGAAUGCAGGACCGCAUUACACGCGCUGGCUUCCGGUAAUGGAUACCGUAAUGAUGUCGGAGGAAGAAAUGAGGAAUAAAGUCUUUGGUCUGGGUAGUCUGACCCAUCGGAGGCAAGUCGUGGAAUAUUUCCUCAACAAGGGUUGGUGGCUAGGGUACUGCUCUAGGUGUGGAGACACGAUGGAGACGGGGGAAGAUAGAGAAGGGGUGAGAGAUAGAUGCAUGGUUUGUUUCGCAAGACCCUGUGAAGUGUGCGAGUCAGGUCCUCAUAAAUGUUUCGCGGUCGGAGUGGAAAGGCGAGGUUAG